AUGGCAUCCGGAGAAACCCUGUAUAUUGGGUCGGACGGCUCGGAGAUGCCGGCCGAGAUCGUGGAGCUCCAUGAGAUAGAGGUUGAGACCAUCCCGGUGGAGACUAUUGAAACCACGGUGGUCGGCGGGGAGGACGAGGACGACGAAGAUGAGGACGACGAGGACGACGACGUGCAGCCCAUGAUCGCUCUCCAGCCGCUGGACGACGACUCGGGCUCCAUUCACCAUCACCACCACCAGUACCACCACCACCCAGAGGUUAUCCUAGUCCAGACUCGUGAGGAGGUAGUUGGCGGGGACGACUCAGACCUGCACACGGAUGACGGAGGAGGGGGCUUCGAGGACCAGAUCCUCAUCCCGGUGCCCGCUCCCGGGGUGGAGGACGAAUACAUCGAGCAGACGUUGGUGACUGUAGCCGGGAAGAGCUCCAUGGGUCGGGUGAAACGAGGAGGCGGCGGCACGGGCGGGAAGAAAGCGGGCAAAAAAAGCUACCUGAGCGGCGCGGAAACCGGAGCGAGGAAAUGGGAACAGAAGCAAGUGCAGAUAAAAACUCUGGAGGGGGAAUUUUCCGUCACGAUGUGGGCGUCGGAUACCCGUGAAGACAUUGACCACGAGUCGGUGGUGGAGGAGCAGAUUGUGGGCGAAAACUCUCCGCCUGACUACUCUGAGUACAUGACGGGCAAGAAACUGCCCCCGGGGGGCAUCCCGGGCAUCGACCUCUCGGACCCCAAGCAACUGGCCGAAUUUGCCAGGAUGAAACCCAGAAAAAUCAAAGAGGACGACGCGCCACGGACAAUAGCUUGCCCUCAUAAAGGCUGCACAAAGAUGUUCAGGGACAACUCAGCCAUGAGGAAGCACCUGCACACCCACGGGCCUCGUGUCCACGUCUGUGCCGAGUGCGGCAAGGCGUUCGUGGAGAGCUCCAAACUCAAGCGCCACCAGCUUGUCCACACAGGGGAGAAGCCUUUCCAGUGCACCUUCGAAGGCUGCGGCAAGCGCUUCUCGCUGGACUUCAACCUGCGCACCCACGUGCGCAUCCACACGGGCGACCGUCCUUACGUGUGCCCCUUCGACGGCUGCAACAAGAAGUUUGCGCAGUCCACCAACCUCAAGUCACACAUCCUCACACACGCCAAAGCCAAGAACAACCAAUGA